AUGACGGAACCCGAGAACUUUGAGGAGGACCUCUUCGCCGACCUCUACGACGACAAUGACGCCUCCAAGGGAGCCCCUGCUCCUCCGCCCGCGGCAGCACCCGUGAACGACGCCCCCGGUGAUAGUGGCGAAGCCGCAGCAUCUAUGACGAGAGACGCCGAGAACGCAGCAGGCGGUGAAGAAAUGGUACACGAUGCUGAAGACGAUGACGAUGAUGACGAGGUCGAUUUCAACCUUGGCGGUGGCAGCACGGUGGCAGCACCCGCACCCCAACACGACGAUACCCCCUCCACGCCUCCGUACGGAACCGUUCACAAGGCAAGCGCCAAAGAAGACGGAAAAAUGUUUAUCGGUGGAUUGAAUUGGGAAACUACAGAUCAAUCCCUGAGAGACUACUUCUCGCAGUUUGGCGAGGUCGUCGAGUGCACCGUCAUGCGUGACAGCAGCACUGGCCGGUCUCGCGGUUUCGGCUUCCUGACCUUCAAAGACGCCAAGACGGUCAACAUUGUCAUGGUCAAGGAACACUUCCUGGACGGCAAGAUUAUUGACCCCAAGCGGGCCAUUCCGCGAGACGAGCAGGAAAAGACUAGCAAGAUCUUCGUCGGAGGUGUCAGCCAGGAGACGACGGACCAGGAGUUUCGGGACUACUUUGCGCAGUUUGGACGGGUCGUGGACGCCACUCUGAUGAUGGACAAGGACACGGGCCGUCCCCGUGGCUUCGGCUUCGUCACUUUUGAGAGCGAGGCCGGCGUCGACGCCUGCAUUAACGUGCCCCUAGAGAUCCACGGCAAGCCCGUCGAGGUCAAGAAGGCCCAGCCGCGCGGCAACCUGCGCGAGGAGGAAGAGGCGGCCAAGCGCAACAAGUUCCGCAAGGACGAGCAGUCGGGCCAGGGCGGCAUGGGCGGCGGGCAGCAGAUGGGCGGCGCCACCAACGGCAUGACGCCCCAGCUCAUGGCGCAGUACUUCCAGCGCAUGCAGCAGUACUUCAACAUGAUGCAGAGCCAGAUGGCCAUGAACCGGGGCAUGCAGAUGAACCCCGCAAUGUGGCAGCAGAUGAUGCAGAUGCAGCAGAUGCAGCAGCAAAUGAUGGCCGGCCGCGGCGGCGGACCGGGCGGCGCCGGCAACAACCCGCAGAACAUGAUGGGGGGAGGCAACAUGAACCCGCAGAUGAUGCAGCAGAUGCAGCAGCAGAUGAUGCAGAUGCAACAGCAACAACAGCAACAGCAGCAAGGCGGACAGCAGCAGCAGCCCCAGGGCGGCGACCAGGGCAACUACGGCGGCGGAUUCCAGCAAGCUCCGCCCCAGGGCCCGGGAGGCGGCCGGCGGGGAGGCCGGGGUGGCGGCUACGGCGGCGGAGGAGGAGGCGGUGGCUACGGCAUGGGCGGCGGCGGCGGCGCCCCGACGUCGUGGGAGGGCAUGUACGACGACGUGCCGCAGCCGGGUGCCGGCCAGGGAGGCUUCCGCCGGGGCGGCAGCGGCUCCCAGGGCACGCCCGACCCCCAGAACGCGCCACCGGCCAACGCGCCCACCGGGCCCAAGAACGCCGGCCGUCCGGGCGCCAACUAUCGCGGCGGCGGCCGCGGCGGCAACAGGGGCUUCCACCCGUACGCACGGUAG